AUGAUCUUGCCAGACCUUACCACCUCGGAUUCUUUCUUUGAUGGUAUGCACCCUAUCAUUGAUCCUAACGGCGCGGGGAAAUCAUGGGGCAAUAUGCAAGAGUGGGCCGAUACAUCAUUCUGCUUGGACCAAUAUGACAAAAUCGACCCCGAAGACAUUGAGAACGAGACCAAGGCAGCCGGUGGUAUUCGCUUCUGUUGCUACGGGAUGCUUUCAGAUGUUUCGAUCAAACUUGUAGGCGACAUGCGAGAUUUGCAUGUCAAGAUCGAUCCAUCAUCCUCACACCAACGCUUCGGGAUUUUAAAGCAUUUCGAAUACUUUAUGCUCAAAUUUCCGAAUGGUGACAUUUUUGCUCAAGUGAGUGAGCUUGCUUCCCGAGGUCUUGCUGAGUUGCAGGAUUAUCCCUCAGUAGAGAUUGUGGCAUUUGUGGAAACAACGCGCCUCGAGCGUGUAUUUGCAAGGGCAAAAAGACCAAGCGAAGCCACUCUCAAAACUGAGGUCAACUUGUAUGGGUCUAUAGAUGACGCAAAGGUCAUUGGGGACAAGUUGUGUGCCGCAAAGAUGUUCCUCCAGGACCCAGAGCAUGGGACAGAAAACGUGGAGUAUUGCAACCCACAUAUUGCACAAUUUCCUGGCAUCGAGGAGCCAAAAUCUGCCAAGGCUGUGAGAGAAGAGCGAGAGAACUUUGAUCAAACUGUUUCAGCCAUCUAUCACUCACUAUCGCGGUCCCGGAAUUUGGAAAGGAUGCAAGCUGGAACCAUGAUCCAAACACCCCUCUUACCCCAUCAGGAAACAGCACUCGGCUUCAUGAUGCAGAGAGAACUCGGGCCAAUACCUCUUGAGUUUAGGCUCUGGGUACCUGAGCGAAAUCUGAUGACGACUCUUUAUCGACACCAAUUGACGGACGCGGAGUCUGCCGACCAGCCAAACGAAUUGGGUGGUGGUAUUCUUGCUGACGAUAUGGGAAUGGGGAAGUCGUUGAGCACGUUGGCAUUGAUCACGGCGACUCUCAAGGAUGCUCACUCGUGGUCUCAAGAUGACGCUGCUAAUUUCGAAAAGUGUCGCUCCAGAGGAACGCUCGUCAUCGUGCCAUCCACCUUGAUUAUGAACUCAUGGCUAAAAGAAAUCGAGACUCGACUUAGCAAGUCGAUCAAAGUUGGAAGGUAUUACGGAAAAGGUCGGAAUGUGGAAAGCAAAGAGUACUUGGAUCUCGAUAUUGUCUUCACCACGUAUCACACAGUCGCGUAUAGCAUGAACCAGAACGAAAGCACCAUCUUUAGAAUCAAAUGGUUUAGAAUUGUUCUCGACGAGGCACACAUGAUUCGCCGUCAGGAGACAACUCUUCAUCAAGCGGCGAGUCAGUUGUCUGCCAACUACCGUUGGUGUCUUACUGGAACCCCUAUCCAAAACCACCUGGAAGACUUGGGAUCUCUCCUUGCAUUUCUUAGACUCAGCCAAUUCGAGAACAAGGCAGUCUUUAGAAAACACAUCAUUCUUCCGUUUGCUGAUGACAUUAUGGCAGCAUCCAAGAAAUUCGCCACGUUGCUUGAUUCCGUGUGUCUCAGAAGGACCCAGGAUUUGUUGCACUUGCCAAACAUCUCUCAGAAUCAUCAUUACAUAACACUCACUGAAAGUGAGCGGCGACAAUACGACGAGACUCUGACGGCCAUGGCCAGCUUCAUCAAGGAGAAGGCGAGUCUCAAUCCAGACAAACGCGACUCCUUUGGCAUUUUUCAAGCACAACUCCAACUUAGGCUUCUUUGCAACCAUGGAACCUUUCAGAAGCGCUUAGCUCGCAAAGCCCAUCGAGAUAGAAAGGCUGAGCGAGAAGACUUUCUCUACUCACUGGGAAGCAACGCUGAGAUUACCUGCUCCUCAUGCGGGAUUCCAAUUCCUGUUUUUGACCUCCUCGGGGGAUCCAACAGUUUCAACCACCCAUGUGGACAUAAGCUUUGCCAAGAAUGCAUCUCAGAGAGCCAAGGUGACUUGGAUGCAUCAAGUGGUGUCUUUACCGCACCCUGUCCGCUUUGCAAGAUUAUGGUGGAGCAAAGACCUUCAGAUCAAGGAUCAUCUACAGAGUCCUGGGGAAAUACUGAGGGCUAUUUCAAUCAGACUGGAUUUUCAUCCAAGAUAAAUGCUCUGAUGAAGGAUCUGGAAGGAAAUCCUACCGAUGCGAAGAGGCUCAAUCUGACAGCAGCAAAUCAUGUCUACAUUCUCGAGCCGCAGUGGAACCCAAGUGUCGAAACCCAGGCAAUUGGAAGAGUUUCUCGACUUGGCCAAACCAAGGCAGUAACGGUGACUCGCUACCUUGUGCGAGGAACUGUUGAGGUUAAAAUGCACUCCCAACAGAUCCGAAAGGUUGAACUCGCAAACAUAGGAUUUCAAAAUGCUGAAUCGAUAGACUAG